AUGGCUGUCCUGAAUGAGACAAGCAACGGUGUAAACUUGCAGACGCAAUCCCCCAAUUUAACGUCUAUUCCAUCUCUCCCACUCUUCCUCGCAGCCAAGAAGCAUGCGCAAACAACCCCGGAUAAAAUUGCUGUCAUUGACACAACCAAGAACCAAUCAUUCACCUUCAGCCAACUCCUUUCCGACACCGCAGCACUAAAGAAGCAGAUUCUCCAGCAAUUGAAGCUCACCGAAACAGGGGACCUAGAAGAAAGACGCGUAGCUUUCCUCACACCGAACGGAUACGAUUAUGUGGUUGCACAAUGGGCCAUUUGGGCAGCGGGCGGAGUUACCGUCCCACUCUGCACAACGCAUCCAGUGAAAGAACUAUUCUAUACAAUCGGCGACUCGGACCCGUCACUGAUCAUCCUGCAUCCGAGCUUCGCGCACUUCGAAAUAUCCCUGCGGGAGGGGACCAAGAAUGGAAUCCCGUUCAUGGAUCUAGACCCGUUUACGCAGCGUGUCGCACCGACGGCUGUCCAAUUACCUCUAUUUAGCUCAGAAUGUCCGCUGGAAAGGCGCGCACUAAUGAUCUAUACGUCGGGCACGACGUCUAGUCCGAAAGGUUGCGUUACGACGCAUGAGAAUAUCACGUUCCAGGCGGAAUGUCUGAUUAAGGCGUGGAAAUAUGCACCUUCAGAUCAUCUUAUUCAUGUCCUGCCGUUGCAUCAUGUGCACGGGAUCAUCAAUGGCCUGGCGGCUAGUUUUCUUAGUGGUGUUACUGUUGAGAUGCAUCCGAAGUUCGAUCCCCAGGUCAUCUGGUCCCGCUGGCAGGAUUGGGGCUCCUCGACCAUGUUCAUGGCUGUGCCGACGAUUUAUUCCCGACUGGUUGACUACUUUGAAACUCACAUUCGCGGAACGGAUCAGGAAUCCGCGGCGCGGGAUGGAGCUCGCGCUCUACGACUUGUUGUUAGCGGUUCCGCAGCGCUCCCCACCCCCAUUAAGGCGAAGUUUGCAGAGAUCACCGGUCAGACGCUCCUGGAGCGCUACGGGAUGACGGAGAUCGGUAUGGCGAUUAGCUGCGGACUGGAGGUCGAGAAACGGAUCGACGGGAGUGUCGGGUGGCCGCUUCCCGGCGUUCAAGUACGACUAACCGAGAAAGAAACCGGACAGGUUGUUGAAGCGGUGGACGAAGACGGACAGAUUGAGAUCAAGGGAGACAACGUCUUCCUGGAGUACUGGCGUCGGCCUGAGGCCACGGCCAAGGAAUUCACCGCGGACGGGUGGUUCAAGACCGGGGAUGUCGCCAGACGGGAUGCCUCUGGCGCAUACUUUAUCCAGGGACGGGCAUCUGUCGACCUGAUCAAAUCCGGCGGGUACAAGAUCUCGGCACUGGAGGUAGAGCGGAAGAUGCUGGGACUAGACGCCAUCCAGGAAGUAGCGGUAGUCGGGCUGGCAGAUGCAGAGUGGGGACAGCGGGUGGCCGCUGUGGUCAAACAACGUCCUGGCACCGAGCCCCUCGAACUCCAGAAGCUUCGCACGCAACUCAAGCAAGAAAUGGCGCCCUACAAGAUCCCCACGGUGCUCAAGAUCGUCGAGAACAUCGAGCGCAACGCAAUGGGCAAGGUGAACAAGAAAACGAUCAUCCAAAAAUACUGGCCCUUGGUCUAACAAACGGGGGUAUAUGUAAUUCGACCAACAAACACCACAAAUGAAACAAUACCAAGGCCACACAUCCACAACUCCUUCAUAGCAGAAAGAAAGAGAGCAAUAAAGAAGAAGAAACGUCUAAUCCAACAAAUCCACCACCAUCCCAUAAACCCGCAUCAUCUUCUCCCACCCCACCGUGCCCUCCUUCGCAACCUUAUCCCAAGCAUGACCCACCCCGUCGACCCGCUCAACAACGACCUUCUUCAAAAACCCGCCAUUGCCGCCCUUCGCAAGCAGAGCCCCCAACUCCUCCACCUCCGGGGCGAACAAAUCCCUCGCAGCAGCAACCAACAAAACCCUCUCGACCCGCCACCCAUCCGCAACCGCCCUCCGCAACGGCGAAAUCCUCACAUCCCCACCCUGCCCUUCAAACCCCCCACUCAAAUACGCCACCGUACAAAACCUCACAAACCAGCCGGGCAAAGUCCACCCCCCACGCUCCGGCGCCUUUCUCUCCCCCAACGGCCUGACAGCAUCCACCAACGGAUAAAACGCCACGAGCACC